AAUAAUUUGCCACCUUAACUGGACAAACUGUAUAAAAGAGACACUCAGCUCUUUGAUGUGUACACUUUCUCCCAGAGAAGACACUUUCUCCCAGAGAAGACACUCCAGAACAGAGGAAGAGCACAACAUCACUGACGCUUGUCUCCAACUACAUAAAAUGGCUUCUAAAUACAUCACAGAAAUUGAAAUCUCCAUUGACUCUAAAAAGGAAGAACAGCUUCGUGGCCAAGGCUUUCACAUGAUGGAUGUAAACCUCAACCAAGGCAAUUCAUCCACCACCAGAGUUUACAUGUGGUACAAAAAGGGCAAUGAAGAACCCAUCACCAGAGUCCAGUUCUCAUUCAAUGAUGGAAUGAAAGAUGGCCCAAGGAGUGCAGGGUACACUGAGCUCCCAGAAAACAUCAACUCUGGAGCAAAGGGAAAUGUCAUCCAUCUGUGGUACUUUAGUGGUGCAAGCCCUAAGUAUGACAUUCCCAUUGUAGAUCUGCUACUCACCACUAAUGUGAAUGCAGAGGCCGCUCAAUUCAAAUACGGCUGGGAAAGGCUACCAUGUGAUCUGAACCGCGGUAACUCAGGAGAUCACAUCAACCUCUGGGUGAAGAGAGAGAGUGAGACCUACAUCUGUGACGUUGCUGCCACCACCUCAUUCCAAGAAGACAUCAACCUUUUCAACAAGGGCUACAUCCGGAUGGAUGAAGAUCUCAAUAGAGGUGCUGGAGGAAGCUGGAUCUUCCUCUGGUACCGUCAAUCCACUGAUCAGGGCUGCGGGGUCACCAGGGUGAAUGUCUCCAUCAACCAUGAGCAGGAUUUCAGCCUACAGCAGCGUGGUUUCUCCGUGGUGAAUGUUAACCUCAACGAGGGAACAUCCGGUCGGCCAGUGUUUGUCUGGCUCAAGAAAGAUGGAUCUCUCCCUAUCAAGGCCUUGACCAUUACAUCCAACCCCAAGGCAGACGGUCCUUAUGAGGAGGCCGGCUUGGUCUUCAUUGAAAAAAGUCUGAAUUCUGGCAACAACGGUGUGCCCCUCUUCCUCUGGUAUGGCAAGUAAAAACCUGAGGUGGAGAGGCAGUCACAGUAAAAAUGUGCCAGAUGCUAGCUUUUGCAUGGCAAUUUCUCUGUCUAUUUUCUGUUUAAUUUUGUAUUAUCGUUCUGAAAAAAAUUUGUAAUUAAAUUAAACUGAAUGUUAGCUUUUAUGUCAUCAACUCACUGUCAUAGACCAUUUAGAAAUGUUUUAAAGUUGACUUUAAUGUUCUUUCCAAUUAAUUCACAGUUGAAUUAUGGUAUUACAUUUUAGUAUUGUCACAGCCGUCAAAGGAAGUGGACAUGAGCGUACAUAUUCCUUUAUUCAGGUGACGCCAACAAAAACAAUAAACAAAGUUAACUUCCCACACAGAAAGGAGGGAAAAGGGCUACCUAAGUAUGGUUCCCGAUAGACAGCUGUCCCUGAUUGAGAACCAUACCAGGCCAAAACAAAGAAAUACCAAAACAUAGAAAAUAGAACAUAGAAUGCCCACCCAAAUCACCCCCUGACCAAACCAAAAUAGAGACAUAAAAAGCUCUCUACGGUCAGGGUGUGACAAGUAGUACAUUUUAGCAGCAGAUUUAUCUUUUUUCUGACUAUUUCAAGGGCUUAUAAGGUAUUAUAUCUCAUUGUGUCAAAUGUGAUUUAGAAAAAAUGUAGUACAGUAAUAGAAAUAAAAUCAAAUGAUGAAUGAUUUGUGUGUAACACUGAGAAUCCCAGUCUGUUCAUCAAUAAAGAAAGCUUUACAAAUCUGAA